CAGCCCAGUCGUCGCUGGUCUUCACGAGGACAAACGCUCGCUGGUUCAUAUGCGAGCGAGGGAUGGCAAUCAUCAUCACCAUAGCCACAAGAAGGCGAACAAUCGGAUCAAGACUGGUGCCAAGAUUACCUUCUACGCCGUGCGCCCUCAUCACCAUUCAGGCGAACAGCUCGCUAAACCCUCUUGCGGCGGAAGCACUCCAAAAGACGAGGAUAUGAUCGCUGCUGCGCCCGCGAACAGCCCAGCCAAAUGCGGUGACCACGUCACGAUCAAGCACGGCAGCAAAGAGGUCACAGUCAAGGUCAUCGACACUUGCGAGGGUUGCCCCAAGAUGGGCUUGGAUCUUUCCAAAGGAGCGUUCCAGAAGCUUGCCACGUUGGACGCAGGUGUCAUUGAGGGCGCCCAGUUUUGGAUCAACUAGACAACGACGCGCGAUGAUGCACCGGCAUAGUCUACCGACGCCAAAGUCGUGCGCAAGACAUUUGAAGAUGAGGCAGAGCCCCAUCCCGUCCCUCUAACUCCGCUCGCCUUUGUUCGCAUGCGUUUGAGCACCGACUUCGGUCCAACCGACACUUCUUACUCUGACACCAUCGAGCCAGUUAAUUCCGAAAGCUUGCCCUGCCCGAGUUCUCCAAUUGUAACCCACGUUCUGUCUACUGGGCCUCUUGUCGAGCUUUGAAGGUCAGCAUGAUAGCUCUGACCCAUACCCUUUCACAGGUACCUAUGUCUUCCAUCAUCCCACCUUCCCUCGUCUGAAAGAGCUCGCUCUGAGCUCCAAUGAACAUUUUAGCCCGUCAAAGCUCAGCGUGAU